CUUAUCUUAUUGGUUUGCUCACAGCAUGACAAACAAGCCGGCAUAAAAGAGAAAAAUAUCUUGAACGGGACACCUUUGAGUGGACCAAGCAUUGCAAAUUCACAAAGCUCACGCAGGGAAGACUUCCUUAAAACGACUUGGAUAAGAGCCCUCCGGUGGAGUCUUGAACAGGAUGUUGUCGGCGAACUCGUGGGUAAAGAAUACAAGCUAUGAGAGUUGCGUAAGCGUAAGCGAGCACAAGAGAGUUGAAAACGUACGGGAGGGAGCACAACAUGAAAUUGCCGACUCAAUAAUAGAAGACAAAUUGAACCAUACGAUGCCAUGCGACAGCCACAGACUUCGCACCAACUUUGGGAUUAUGUCUCCUUUGAAAAGCGUCAGCAAACACAAGAAAGAGGAACAAGAAAGAAGUUGGAAUCAUGUGAUGAAAGAAACGUGCAACAAGGCGAGCAUGGAGAGAUAUUUGCGCCCGUUUGAGGGUCGAAGAGGGCGUGUGGGUUAUCCGUAUCUAUAUAGAGGCCUCUCUAGCGAGGAUUAUCAUUCAUUCAUGGAAGAGGAAUCCCUGAUUAGAUUUCAUCGUGCCCAAAGUUACCACGAACUCUUAAGCUCAGCGAAGAGUCUUAAUAUCGAAAAGAGUCUUAGAAAGAACUUGGGUACAAUUCCUUUGUAUCCAUAUAGGAAUUGCUACAACGAAGACCCCAGAUAUCUUGAAAUCCGCGCUGAGGAAUUAGAAGCACGAAGGGCCCACAGAGAGCAAUAUCUGCGACACAGUCUGUACUACAGUGAUCCAGCCUUGGUGUCUUACGGUUUGCUGUCAGAGCAAGCUCAAAGAUACAACACCUUCGGUAAGACCUCACACCCCUCUGAAUACAAUACUGGGCUACUUCACUGUGGGAUAGAAGACGAUAAGGAAUACUGUGAUGGGGGGAAACAUCCGGAUAGAGCGCAAGGCUCUAGCUACCUUUAUUAUGGUGCUAUGGAAACAGAGGCGAGAUCACAUGUGACGGAUAAAACGCCUUUCAUGACCGCGACGGCUCCUGUCUUGUUUAGGAGCCUGGCGAGCACGAAGGGUGUAGAACACGACCAAUCCCAAAUACUGGUAGUACCAGCCCAGUCCGAGGAGGAACAAGGAAUAAGGAAAAGAUCGGGUUACAAGAGUGAAGAGAUGAAGUACGUGGAGGCACUGGAUGAGUCUCCUGAUAGGCCAAUAUCAAGGAAGGUGGAGAAAAGGAAAGCUACAAGUAAGAGUAAUCAGGGUGUGAGAAAAGCCGAGGAAAAAGGUACGCAUCAGAUAGAUGUACAAGUGAUGGAAUCAACGGACAUCCCUCAGUGUCACGCGACGAAUGCUAUCGCGGGGGAAGAUGUAAAAGCAAAGAAGGAGGAUACCGAAGAUGGCAAAAUUGUGUGUACCGUGUGCAAGAAGACCUUCAACAGAGCGUCCAACCUAUACACGCACAUGCGUACUCACUCGUCCAACAAGCCCCACGCCUGCGAAUUCUGCAGUAAGCGGUUUCACCAGAAGGCGGACUUGCGGAUACAUCGAUACAUUCACACUGGAGAAAAACCGCACAAGUGCAAGAAAUGCGGGCGCGCAUUCAAGCAGUUGACGCACCUCAAGUACCAUAUGCGCACGCACAGUGACGUCAGAAUGUACAAGUGUCCUUACUGCGACAAAGGAUUCAACCAAAAGAGCAACCUACAGGCGCAUAUAUUUGGCCAUACUGGUCAGCGGCCACACAAGUGUGACGUUUGUGGGAAAGGGUUCACGCUUGCCUCGACUCUGAACACUCACAAGAGAACGCACCUUCCUAGCAAACCAUUCAAGUGCACUUACUGUGACAAGGCCUUCUAUCAGAAGAACGCGUUGAAGAUGCACCACAUGUCUACUCACCCCUACUCCUCUGGGGUCUGUGUGGCAUGAAGAAACACCCCUUUACUACUUUGAAGUUUGUGCUGAAAUAAAAAGUUACACUGUACUUCUUUGUUUGCGCUAAAAACGUAAGCGUCCAACCUCAUGAUCUAAUUUUCAUUGAUACCUACGCCUGUGUAUAUAGUCUACGUAUUGAAUUGCUUUACUCUCACUCAAAUCAAUAAUACAUUCACUCCAUUAGCUUAACUCAAUACCGUCCAAAAGUUAGCAACUCACAUAACUUAGCAACUAAGUUAGCACAUAGGUUAGCAACUCACAUAACAACUUAAAUAUUGUAAUAAGAAUAAUUGUUUCAUUUCACAAAAACGAAAAGAUAAGGCAUUCUAUUCCAAAAUCGUACAUUGCAAAUAUCGCUCGUAAAAUUAAAAAUGAUUAUUUCAAUUUAAAACUAAAUAUGACAUCAA